AUGAGUAUGCCGACUGUGCCUUUUCUUCAAUUUUCCAGGCAAUUGGAGACAGGACAUGGCUGGACAAAGUUGAUUUCCUACUUGUUCUUGACGCCGGAAUCAAGGACUUGGCUGUCGAACUUGAAUUUGUUGAAUCGCCCCCGGAGGAGUACGAACGGGCUGUGCUCAUUGCGCAUGACCGGGCCUUCGAGGAGCAAAGGUUUCUGCCCCGGAUAUGGGAUGCUAUGA